AUGAAGGUGUUUCUGAUUUUAGUGGUAGCAAUCAUUUAGUUAACUUAUGGGGAUCAGUGUUCUGAAGUAAGUGAUAUAGGUUUAUGUUUGAAAACAUCGAAUUUUUGUUAUAUUUUGGAAGCUGAUGUACCAUAUUUAUCAGCUGAUAAUCAAAACAAUGGUGUAGUUUUGGAUCAGGUGAAUGAUAGAUGCAUGAGUCUUAACUAUUUUACAAGAUGUGAUUAACUAAUAACCAAAGAGUCAUGCAAAUUAGGAAGUUGCUUGUGGGAUCCUAUUAAUGUUGAAUGCUAUGAAUGGGAUUUAGCACCUUGUUAAAGUUACUCCAAAUAAAUUUGUUAAUGGAAUUCUUAAUGUGAAUUAGUGAAUUUAACUUAAACAUUAGACUUGCUCACUAACUAUACAAUGAUGAACAGCGUAGAUAAUUCAUAGAGAGAUGGAAGAGCCCUAGGUACUUGGCUAUAUGAGUUCGGAUAAAUAAUUUAAAUCUUAGAAAAAUAAAAUGAUCAAGAAACGUAUCUCUUCACAAAAUGUUAAUUAAAAAAUCUGUGUGAAUUAAUUCAGAUUACUGAUGCUAGUUAAGGAAUUACUAUAUGUCAUUAAUCUGAAUUGGGAUGUUAUUUUAAUUCUCAGUACAAGAUGUGCAGUACUAUUAGUCAUACUACCAAUUGUGCUGAUAUUAAAUGGAAAUCUAGAUGUGAAAGUGGAGCAGCUCCUUGUGUAUGGCUGGGAGUGAAAUGUGUAUAAUAUAAUGAUCCUGAUGUUCCAUGCAGUUUUCUAAGCACUACUGCCUGUUUGAAUAAUGAGAAAUGCUAUUUAGAGGGGGCUAAUUGUAAAUCCUAUUUACGAUGCAAUGAUUAUAAGACAAAAGCAACCUGUGAUGGUGAUCAUGGAUUUAAAUGUUACUUUGAUGAUUAUGAGAAUAAGUGCAAAUUAUUAACGACUGAUAUUCCAUGCAAAAAGAGAGGACAAAAUAAUUGCGGUUGGUUGGGUAUGUGUGAAAGUAUUGACAACAAAUGUCAAGUGAAAUUACCUGAAUUUUAUUGUCAAUCUUAUUCAUAAGCAGAAUGUAAUCCUGAACCUAAUCCUGUUCCUCCUGUUCCUAUUGUUUAUCCUGCUCCUGCUGGAUGCAAAUGGGAUGAAAACCUUUAAAUAUGCAAAAUCAAAAAUGCCUACGAUUGUUCAAGCCAAAAAUCUCAAGAUUGUGAUAAAACAGGAAAUUGCUUUUUUGAUAUUGUUCUUAAUUAAUGCACCGUGAUAUAGAGAAAUACAAAAUGCGAGUUGUUAGGUUAGAUCUCCUGUCAAAAGAAGAUCAAUUAAACAAACAAUCUUUGCUAAUGGUCAACAACUAGAAAUCUUUGCAUUUCGAUUUUCGACUUAGCUUGUGAAGAUAUAUAGGCUGAAUUUUGUUCAAAUAGAGAAAAGUGUUUCAAGACUGGCAAUGUUUGUUAAACAAGGAGAUAAUGUUAAGAUAACAUAUAGAUUGUGGAUUGUUGGGAUGAUGCAUCAUAAUUCUGUUAUUUUAAUUUCGAUUUAUAAAUUUGCACUAGAGUUACAACUUAUUCUCCAUGUGAGUAAAUAUUUAGAGAAGCCUCUUGUAAUCAGGCUAUCUGUGCUUGGUAAAAUGGAAAGUGCUUAAAAUUAGAAAAUGUUAGUUGCAGUGAAUUAACAGUUUAAAAUUGUAAAUACUCAAGUUAAUGUUAAUAUUACAAUUCUAAUUGCAUUCCCCUUGAUCAAUGUGGUUUAAAUGAUGGAAAUCAAGAUGGCUGCGAAUUAGAUUCUCAUCAUUGCAUGUUCAAUUCGGAAACCUUAAAAUGUUCUUAAAUAGAUGGAUCUUCUGAUUGUUCAUCUAUCAUUGGAGCAGAUAACUGCAAUUAUGGAGCAUGUGUUCUCUAGCCUGGACUAGAUAGAAAACUACAAUGUGUGGAAUAUGAAAAUGCUGAUUGUUCAUACUUGAAAUAAGAAUACUGUAACUUUGGACAAUGUACAUGGAAUGUUUCAUAGUGUGUCUCAUACCCAUACAAAAUACAAAAAACUACUAUUAUUGACAAUGCAAAUGCCACAAAUACAUCUUCCCCUACGAAUGGCACAGUCUAAAAUGAAAAUAACUCAACAACAUCCAGCUCUGGUUAUGGAAUCUUAGUUAUUUCUAUUCUAGCAUUUUUUAUAGAAUGA